AUGAUGGCAAAUAUACACAACCUGAGCCCAGAGAUUGCUGCACUUAUUGCAGAGUACCUUGAAGUUGACGACCUCUUUAAUUAUCGUCUAGCCUCUCGAUAUCUUACUGCAUGCUCUCACCUGCUAUUUAUCAAGCGCUAUUUUCACCAACGUGUCCACCUUCUGAGUCCUGAAGGCCUGAUGACGUUAUUAAACAUUUCAUGUCAUCCAGAUCUCGGCCCUUUGAUCAAGUCCAUCUAUAUUAGCCCGGACCAUUUGGUUCCAGAUUAUUUGUGUCUUCCUGCAGUGUGUGCAGAUCUCCUUCCCCGACCCAUCUGGUGCUCCUUUCCUCAGGGUACGGUCGCGGAAACGGGCUGCGAAGGCUACUUGAUCAGUCAGGAGAAUUUCCAGAAAAUGGGUUGGGAAGCGACUUGUUUGGCUCGAACCUUAAGAAAAGCAAGCAACUGCCAUACCGUGGGCCUAAAUGGGUGGGAGAGACCCUGGGGAGCCGGAAUUGCGAAGAGGGAGACAGGAUUCUUUCCUACAUCAAGCACCGACUGGGACGAUUCGAAAUCCUUCAUCAGACGAGCAAUUCAUGUCAUAAUUGGAGCUUUAGCUGCCAGCGAGGCCCAAAUCACUACUUUGGACUUUGGCACCGUGCAGGAGCGAGUACACAUGCAUCCAGACAUGUUAGACCUACCUGAAUUCUGCUGGGAUAAAGGUCUUCCUUGGAUUACCUCAUUGAAAACAUUGAGCCUUGCCGUGGAUUCUAGCUACGACGAAGACCCGGAACUCUGGGCCAAAUCUUUGAGCAAUUUUAUCAUGCAAUUUCCAAGGUUAGAGAGUUUACAUUUGUGUUUCGACACAGGCUUGGAACAAGCAGGAUUUGCCGCACUAAAGCGAAUAUUGGCAGUACCAGGCAUUCGGAAUCUCGAGCUUUCGAAUAUCAUUUGUUACCCAGAGGAUCUUUUAGAUUUCUUCUACGUUCAUCGCAAUACCCUUAAAGAAAUUAGUUUGGACGCUAUUGCGAUUGAUAAACAAAACGGAGGCUCAUGGCAGUCACUAGUGGCUGGAAUUCGCGAUCGGCUUUCACUUGCAUCUUUUGGAAUGUCCUGUUGCCGCACAAGUGAUGAUUAUGAUAUCUGGGUUGGAGAGGGUGAUCAUGAUAUAUCAACAAAUUUUUUGGUAACAGGCAGAGACCAUGAUUUAUUCGAUCGUCUCAUUGAUAGUAUAAGAGAAGGAGUUGCAAAAGGACCCCUAUCAGAUGAGCUUUACAUCAUCAGAGGGCCUGUUCACUGA